ACAAAAUCAUGUCUUCUUGUAAUACAAAGGACAUUGCCAAAGAAUAUAAUAAUUUUUUGGCAUCUUAUCAAGAAUUAAAAUUUUCAAAACUUAAUCAAGAUCAACACAAAGUUUUAGAUAUUGAACGACGUUGUCUUGCUGUAAAAUAUUUAACGGCAAAAAGAUCAGGCUUUGAGGAUGUAGCAACAUGUUUGUUCGAAAAAGGCCUAGAAGAAUAUCAACAACAGAUAGAAAAGAGCGGAUAUUAUUGGAAUUUAGUUGAAGUGAAAAUUGCUGAAAGUGACAAUGAUCCAUUACAAUGGAAAUCAGGAUUAAACGAUGUAAAAACAGCAGUUGAUUUCGUAAAAUGUUUGCCAUGUCAAGAUGAAAAUACUUUAUCAUGCAAAGAAAGAAUGAUUAAUGAUAGUUAUAUCAAAGAUAUUGUUGAUAUGUGGAAGACACAGGACAUAAGAAAGAGGAAAUGUAAUGUACAAACACGGCUAAUGUACGAAACAAUUCAGACAAAUAAUGAUAAAAUUUCUCUUAUAAAUAAGAAUUUCCAGAAAAAUGAAAUAAAUGUUGCCUCAUCAUCUGCACGAUGUUAUAAUGAUAAAAACAGUCGUUUAGAAUAUAAUAAAGAAGAAUUUCAGAACUUAGAAAAUACAGGUUAUUCAUUUAAAACUGCUAGAGAUGAACUAAGUGCUCAACAAAGUUUAAGGAAUAGGCCAGUACAGAAGAAAACAUUAGGUGGUAAAUCUUCUAUUAAUUCUAAAUUUGUAUGUCCUUUCAAACGCGAGAAAGAAAAAGUAAUUCAUUGCCAAGGCAAUACAACAGAAAAUGAAAGUAAUUUGGCAGAAGUAGAAGAUGAGAGGUUGAAAAAUAUUGAUCCAAAAAUGAUAGAGUUAGUAAAAAAUGAAAUCAUGGAUUUAAGAACAUCAGUUUCUUGGGACGAUAUUGCAGGACUUGAAUAUGCUAAGAAAAUUAUUAAAGAAGUAAUUGUAUUUCCUAUGUUGAGACCUGAUAUUUUUACCGGCUUACGUAGGCCACCAAAAGGAAUUUUAUUAUUUGGACCACCUGGUACAGGAAAAACAUUGAUUGGAAGAUGCAUUGCAGUACAAAGUAAAUCAACAUUUUUUUCUAUAUCAGCAAGCUCUUUGACGUCAAAGUGGAUAGGUGAAGGAGAAAAGAUGGUUAGAGCAUUAUUUGCUGUGGCUAGAGUACAUCAACCUUCAGUUGUUUUUAUAGAUGAAAUAGAUUCUUUGCUUAGUCAAAGAUCAGAAACAGAGCAUGAGAGUUCAAGAAGACUUAAAACCGAAUUUUUAGUACAAUUGGAUGGUGCAGCAACUUCUGAAGAUGAUCGCAUUUUAAUAGUAGGUGCAACAAAUAGACCACAAGAAUUAGAUGAAGCAGCACGUCGUCGUCUUGUUAAAAGACUUUACAUUCCUUUGCCAGAAUUGGAAGCACGAAAACAAAUUGUAAAUAAUUUGUUAACAUCCGUACCAAAUAAUAUCACAGAGCAAGAUAUUAUUGAUAUUGCUCAACAAGCAGAAGGUUAUUCAGGUGCUGAUAUGACUAAUUUAUGUAAGGAAGCUAGUAUGGGACCUAUUAGAAGUAUUCCAUUUAGUCAACUAGAAAAUAUACAAACUGAAGAAAUUAGAUCAGUAACACUUGAUGAUUUUAAAGAAGCUCUACAAAAUGUACGUCCUAGUGUUUCUCAAUUAGAUUUAGCAGUCUAUGUUGAUUGGGACCGCACAUAUGGUUCUGGUUUUCUACAGAAUGAUAAAGUAUGAUAGAAAACUUAAAAAGUUUUAUACUAAUAUAUGAAAAUAAUGAUCUGAUAUUUUAUAACUAAAUUUAUGAUUUUAUUUUGUUUUCAUUUUGCUGUAUCAUAGAUUGUAAAAAAUUAAAGAUAGACAAAUAAAACAUAUUUUUGAAUAAAGAAAUCAAAAUGAACAAAGCUUACAAGUAAAAAUA